AUGGACCCUUCCGCCUGUCGAGUGAUAUACAUUGACGAAAGAUUCAACACAGAAAGAUGGAUCUCCAGAGAGGGGCUGUCUCCUAGCACGCCCGCAAGAGCAGGUUCGCAGGUGGAAUUCUCGGACCUGCCCCUCGACUUGCAAACCAAUGUCAAUGCCUUUCUGACCGUGUUCAACCAAGUGUACGUAUGUAGCUCUGGGAGGGCGUUCUCCACAAAGCUGUCCGAACUUCACGACCAGGUCAAGCUCGAUUGUACUCCGAUCCUCGCCUGUUUCGACGUCGGCUCCGAGUCAAAGCAUGAGCACACAAAAGCAAGACCUAGAUUCUUUCCAUCCUCCGACUCUCCAUUGCCGUCCCCGAGCUUGCUCAGGAAGGAGAUCACCUUCUCCUCCGAGUCCGACGAGUCGUACGGCCUUCAACUUCUAUCCCGCAUAGCAUCCGACCUACAGGUUGACGAGGGUGCCAAGCUGAUAAUACCGGUGGCGAUUGUCCAACCGAAACGGGAUGAUUCUCAUGACCACGCUGUGGAUACGGAGCCCCAACCCGAGGUGUCUCGGGCACCAUUUGGCCCUGAAUCCAAACCUGUUGCGAUCGAAGACAAGUCCGAUAUCAUCGAUGCUCAGUUAAUGCUACAAUGUCUGGAUGCUGGCGCGCUUGACGUUGUAAAGAGCCCACUGGACAAAGCCGGGAUCAUGGGUCUCACAGUCCACGCGUACCGAAUAUACAAGAAUGCGAAAAAGGAACAAGCAGGCUUCAUGGCCAUGGCUCGGAGGAAUCGCAAGCAGUCAUGGGUCGGCAUGGAAGAAGAGAAACCCUAUGCUUAUCUUCGCGAAGCCAUGGUGAAGAAACUGCUCAAGGGGAUCUGCGAGCCGCAAAAUAUCAUCGAAGAUUACCAGCAUCGUGACUUAUAUGUGCAAGAGUCGCGGAAGGAGGUUGUGGCAGAAGCUGUCGGCCGCUGGGACUUUUCUGGCCAUGACUUUACGGAGGAUGAACUCGUCUAUGCUGGCUAUUUCAUUCUGAACCACUGUCUGCAAAUGGAAGAGUGUGCGCAAUGGAGCAUGAACCAACGCGACCUCCUUCAUUUCAUGCAAGGCUGCCGCGUAGCCUACAACUCCUUCGUCCUCUAUCACAACUUCAGGCACGCCGUCGACGUCUUGCAAUCUGUGUUCUACUUCCUCCUUCAGAUUGGCACGUUACCGCCAUACCCUGCCGGUGCCGAACCAUCCCCGUUCGCAGACAAGAAAUCGCCAAUAGCCCGUCUCUUAGGACCUUUUGAAGCGCUGACCCUGCUGGUCUCAGCCAUUGGUCACGACGUCGGCCACCCUGGUGUCAACAACAUGUUUCUGGUCAAACUGAACGCACCUCUAGCACAACUGUACAACGACCAGUCGGUUCUGGAAGCCUUCCACUGUGCGGCUUACUCUCAGAUCCUCCGGCGCCACUGGCACAUUGCAUUCCAGGACAAAGCCCUCCGGAAACUGAUGAUCAGUACCAUUCUCGCCACGGACAUGGGUAUCCAUUCCGACUACAUGCAGCAACUGGGCAACUUACAAGAGAAGAUUCACGAGAGCGGAGCGACCGAUGGGUGGUCCCCGAAGGACAUUGAUUGGGCACGGACUCUGGCUUGUGGGUUGUUGAUUAAAUGCGCUGACAUCAGCAAUGUGGCGCGACCGUGGUUGGUGGCCGAAAAAUGGACCCAUCUGCUGCAGAAAGAGUUUGCGCAUCAGGGAGAGAUGGAGCAAGCCGUUGGAAUGGAGACGACACUCUUUGGUGGUCCGCCCGAGCUGGGCAAUAUGCUGAAGCUUGCUAAUGGCCAGAUUGGCUUCAUGACCAUCUUUGCACAUCCGCUUUUUGCAAAUGUCGCUGACAUCAUUCCGGCCAUGCGGUUUGCUGCCGAUGAGAUUCUCACCAACAAGGGUGUUUGGUUUACACGGGCUGAGCACGAGAAGAAACUGCUGCUCGUGAGGAGAGGAACGGGGCUUGGUGACGGUGGCUCAAUCAGUCCCAGGACUCAAAGUCCUGUCGGCCGAACGCAGGAUCAUGGGAAGGAGAAGCACCUGCCGACAUCUCCGCUCCGAGGUCUGGACCACUCGCCAGAGAGGCCAGCCUCUGACUCUGUGCGUGGCCGGAAGAGUAGUAACACUCCUCCGCAUGACGGCUCUCAUGGAUCGUCAUUGGCAGCUGCUGCAGGCGUAGCCGUUCCGGGCGCCGAUACGACAACCGGUCGACGCUCAACCCCGGAGUCCAGGCAGAAUUUGACGGUGUCUGAUCGGGAGCGCUCGGGCUCAGCCCUCGUCAACGGCGAGCAUAUUCCGGUGGAGCUUACGCUGGAUGGCUCUCAUGGCGGAGAGAUGAAUAACGAUACUACCUCCAGCAGCACUCCGCGAUUAGCGGUAUCAACGAGUGACACUGCAGAGUCUUUACAACCUCUCCAUGACACAAGAAGAGACACCGCGGUGUCCAUGCGCGCAGGAACAGAGGCCAUUCCAGAAGAAGCUCUGGAAGGAAAUAACGCCUCAGAAGCCGAAGCCAUGCAUAAAUUCAAUUUUGCGACCUCAAAGAAAGAUGAGCCAGUACGAACCUACGAUCCGCAACAGCUGUACAAUCCUUCACAUCCCGGUCUACGGGCGAGCGCGCCAGCAAGUGACGUCGCGUCGAAGUCACCGAAGAUCGGCACAUCACCACCCACGAGGUCGCCUCAGAGCGACAGUGUGGCGAGCGGUGGACAGAGGGGCGGUGGUGGCGGUGAGGGGCACACGUUGACCCCCAGUGGGAGCACUGAGGCUACCAGCUACACCUCAGACAAAAGCGAAGAACUGACGAGACUUCGAAACAGUCUUCAGGCUAUACGCAACCGGGCAGUAAGUGCACCGAUGCACUCAGGAAGUCCGGUACUGAGACCCAGUUUUAGCAUGGGCAGUAAUAGCGCCACCAGCAGAGAAAGCAGCAAAUACGACAUCCACACGACCAUUCUGAGCAACGGAGACGUGGAAGAUACCAGUGCGAAAGACAGAAAAGCCAGUACCAAGACCAUGGGCAGGAGACGGAGCCGACUCAAGCUGGGGCUCGCAUUCUGGAAGAGGAACCGCAGCGAGAAGAGCAUCGAAGGUGACAACUUGCGGCCGGAUAGUCAGGGGAGCGGAGGGGCAGGGUGA